UGGGCUAUAAUUUACAGCUGAACACGCAGUAAAUAGUUAAACAUUUAAAGAUAUACAUAUAAUAUAUUUGUACUCGCCUAUUUACAGGACGCUGUUGCCAUGGUACUACCGCAGUGUUUCGUAUAGGUGCGCCCACAGCAUUAGUCAGACUCGCAGAGGAGAAAUCCGUCCAUUGGUGACAAGACGGUGAAAUGACAGGAUGGAAACUGAACGGACAAAAACAUUUUCCUAGCUGGAUGACUCCAUGAAUAUAAAACACUUUAUUUGUAAGCUGCUGUUGUGUUUUUGUUCUGAAAAGGACUAAGGUCAGUGGUUACUUCAUUUAUGUGCUUAGUUUACUUUCUCCGACAUGCAUUCAUUUGUCGCGAUCUAACCAGAACUUGCAAUGGACUUUUACGCGUACGAACCGCAGCGGAUGUGCACAAUUAACAGAGGAUAAUUGACUUUCCGAACGGCAUUGUUAUGAGGGACCGACUGGCUGAAUUGAAGUCGGACAGGCAAGGUGUCGGUGAAGAUGAGGGUGUCGCUUUGUCCAUGGAGAGAGAUGUCUUCAUGCAGGACUUCUUCAGAAAGGUGGAGGAGGUCAAAGGGGUCAUUGAUAAGAUCUCCUCCUUGGUGAAUGAGGUGAAGAAGAAACAUAGCAUCAUCCUUUCGGCCCCCAACCCUGAUGAGAAAACUAAAGAAGAGCUGGAACAACUCACAGUAGAAAUCAAGAAACAUGCCAAUAUUGUCCAGACCAGUCUCAAAUCAAUGAAACGGAGUCUACCUCCAGAUGACCAGAUAAACUGUGCCGCAGUGGAUGUACGCAUUCAGAAAACUCAGUACUCUAACUUGUCUCGUAAGUUUGUGGAGGUGAUGACGCAAUACAAUGAAACCCAAGUGUCCUUCAGAGAAAAGAGCAAAAGCAGGAUUCAGAGACAGCUGGAAAUCACUGGAAGAAUCACAACCAAUGAGGAAUUGGAAGAAAUGCUGGAGACUGGAAGCCACUCUGUGUUUACUUCUGAUAUCAUCUCUGACUCCCUGAUAACUCUUCAGGCCCUUAAUGAGAUCGAGUCAAGGCAUGAAGACAUUUUACGGCUGGAGUCCAGCAUUAAAGAGCUACAUGACAUAUUUGUGGACAUGGCCAUGCUUGUGGAGACUCAGGGUGAAAUGAUUGACAACAUUGAAAAAAAUGUAAAUAAUGCUGUGGAAUACAUUGGUAGUGCUAAAGAACAGACCAAGAAAGCUGUGAGGUACCAGACACGAGCCCGCAGGAAAUACAUAAUUCUUGCUCUUAUUAUUUUGGUCGUGCUUCUUGUGGUUGCACUUAUUGUCGGCUUAUCUGUGGGCCUGUCUGCUAAAACCACCACUAACUCUGCCACCACCACCUCUGCUGCAGCCAAUCCUAUUUAACCAUGGUUUCAAAGAAAAUGGUCUAUCUUGCCAUCUGUGCAGUGCUUGUCAUCCUAUUUGUCAUCAUCAUCGUUGGAGUUUACAUUGAUUAGUCACAUAUAGCAAAGAACUGUGUGAAGUUACCGUGCCUGUGAACAUUUGCAAUAUUUUGCUGCGUGCAAAAUGUCCAAACUCCUUUUUGAAUAUGUAUGAAUACAUGAAUAAAACUUUAUGACCUGUGAAUUGUGAAGAAGUUGGCACUGAUUUCUGGUUCAAGACCUUACUUUUUGACAGAUAGUCACUUGAUUUAAAUGCUUUGCCACUUCACAACAACGAGAGUUUUUUUUUUCACAAUAUUUUAUUUAUUUAAAGCAGCGAAACUGAUUUUUGCACAAUUGAGUAAGGUUUUGUAAUAUUCUAACAUGUAACCUAGGUUACAUUAGUGCCUUGGUAGAUCUGACUGAGUAAUGUGGAGUCAAACACUGUCCAAAAAAAGCGCACUUAAUAAGAUACCGGUAUAUAUUUUUGGCCUAAAGAAAGUAUCCUUAGAGAGAACAUUUUAAAAAAAAUAAAAGAAGAAAAAAGAGGAGAAUGUUUGUACUCAAUUAUCAAGAGAUCAUCAUUUAUUUUGGCUUACACGCACUAGUUUGACAGUGAUGUUUGGAAUGAAAGCACAUCCCCCUCUGUAUUGAACGGCUUGCUCCACACAAUAUGAUGUCAGAUCUAUAAGCAAAUAAUUUUAUGUUGUUCCUUUUGUCUUACAUAUGACUAUCUGACAGGAAUGUAACUAUGGAAUUACAGACAAA